AUGUUCAUUGUUUUGCUAGCAGUAUUAAGACGAUUGGGAAGCUUAGAUAAUGAUGCUGUUAUGGUUGACGAAGCUGAAAGUUUAUGCCACCAACAACUUCGAAAUUUGUACAAAUCUACAAGGGAAGCUAAGCACUUUCAGCGGAAUAUUGUUUGUGGAGUUGAAAAAUUUAUUUCUACAAGCUACAAGUGCAAGAAAAUGGAGAUAGGUUUUAAAUCUGUAGGUGGUGAGCCAUUACGGACACAAAUACAUGGAGUUCCUUUUGAAAAUGCUUGCCACUUGGCACACCAUUAUGAUAAACCCAUCAAGAGGUGGAGGCCCAGGGAUCUUUCUAUGUCUGGAGAGAGUUCUGUGAAGCUUCAAAGUGCAGAAGCACGAUUGGCUAAUCUUAAAUCUUCUGCUACGACACUUGGCAGAGAAGCAAUUGCUGCAAUGUUGUGA